AUGCCAGAAUGGCAUAUCGGCGAGAUGGUCAAGAGUUACGAGCCAAGCGGGCCCCCUGCGUUUGGCAUCCUCAUGCUGAAAUACGAUUAUCUUCAUGAAGCCUGUCUUAAUGGACUGCGUCUGCGGCAGCAGCACAACCCAGUUGAUCCUGCCGCCCUAGGAAUUGCCCACAGCGGGAAAUGCGACCCAGUGGCUUUGAACCUGUGA